AUGGCUUUUCAUAGACUCUUGGAUCAAAAUGGAGGCUUUCGGAAAUUUCAAAUCCUUCAGAUGAGUUUCCACUGUAUCUCCCUGAUCAUAGUGACCCUUCAAGCUAUUUUAGAGAAGUUCACAGCAGCCAUCCCUGCUCACCACUGCUGGGUUCACCUCCUUGACAAUAACAUCAUCUCUGCUAAUGACACUGGGACUCUCAGCCAAGAGGACCUCCUGAGAGUCUCCAUCCCCCUGGACUCCAGCCUGAGGCCAGAGAAAUGCCGGCGCUUCGUCCACCCCCAGUGGCAGCUCCUUCACCAGAAUGGCACCUUCCCCAACCUGACUGAGCUGGACAGGGAGCCCUGUGUGGAUGGCUGGGUGUAUGACCGCAGCACCUUCUCUUCCACCAUCGUGACUAAGGUGGGAGGCAGAGUCUGCUCGGUGGUUGAUUAUCUCCAACAGACCUGAGGAGGGCAUAAAGGAACUGAGAAAAGAUGCACAUUGCAGUGGAAUAAGGGAUUCUGAGAACACUCUAACCAUGGAGGUAAAGAGAAUGGGAGACUGGCUAUGGGAUGAAAGGAUCCAGAUAGAUAUUUUGCCAAUUAAGACAUGAAGUGGUUCAACAAGAGGCAAUUUGGUAAUUUGUUCAAUUUCCUUGAAGAUAUGGGAUUUUGCUAGCAAUUACACUAAAUCUAUAGAUUAUUUUUGGAUGGAUAUAAUUCUCAAUUUUAUUUAUUUAUUGGUUAGAGACAGACAGAAAUCAAGAGGGUAGGGAGAGAUAAGGAGGAAGUGAUACAGAGAGACCACCAGAAACGCUGCUCAUCACUCCUCAGGCUUCUCUCCUGCAGGUAGGGACAGGGAGUGUCGGCACUCAUAUGGGUUGGCUCUCAGCCAGGAAGAUAAACUUACUGAGUUCUCAUCACUAGUUCAAGAGACUACGUGAAAAGAAAGAAACUCGGGGAGGAUUCUGAUAUGAACACACUCGUUUAUUGGGGGGUAGGUUUGGGUUAAUAUAGAAGGCUAGACAAAGAACAGUUUUCACAUACAAUUCACAGGUUUCUUAAAGGUCAGCAUGCCCCUAUGGCAGGGGCUGGUAUGACAAGAGUUGAUACAUAAAGAUCAAAACAAUUAGUCUCCUGAUACAGGCAUUUAAUUAUCCAAAGGCAUUUGAGAGAAGAAUAGUGGUUAAAACAGUAAGGUGAGAUAGAGAAGGAAGAACAAGGCUUUAAGGACAUCAAAAGGGCUCCAGAAAACAAGGUCUAGCCGGGCUUUUCACUUGUCAGGUGUUAGAAGUGUGUGUGACAGGAUGUGCUCUUCCUUUGUGAUCAAAAGGUGAAGCGGAAUGUGUGAACUUUGAGUGAGUGAAUUCUAAAGCAGGCAACCAUUUGGCUGACAGCAGGGGAACUUAAGUGAGAGAGGGUGUAGGCUCUUUGUGAAUUUUGGGAGUCUUACAAAGGGCAAGCUGAGUCUGAUAGACUUUUCUCUCUUGGCUCAUCUCUGUGGAGAGAGGUUAACAAGAGAGGUGUCUUUUCAGACCUCCAUCUGUAAAGAUGGGGGGAGCUUCCCUAAGCUCUACCAAACUUCCACAUAGUCCCACAAGGGAGCUUGAACCUGGGUCCGUGUGCAUGGUUAUACAUGCACUUAACCAGGCGCUCCACCACCCGACCCCAGAUGGACAAUAAUUUUGAU